AUGACCGGCUCUCUCUCCCUCUUCUCCAUCAAUGCGGUCCUUGUAAUGUCCGCCGACGAUGGCUCCCGCAUCUACGCAAAGUACUUCUCGGCACCUCACCCCCCCGCCGGCGCUGCACCGAACUCAACUGACUACCCCGGUGCCAACCCCUACCCCACCGUGAAGGAGCAGCGUGCCUUCGAGAAGGGCCUCCUUGAGAAGACAAACAAGUCCGCAAGUGAUGUCAUCCUUUACGAUAACCGCAUCGUGGUCUUCAAGAUGGAGAGCGACGUCAUGAUUUACGUUGUUGGAAGCGCCGACGAGAACGAGGUUCUGCUGUAUAAUGUUGUGCUGUCACUACGGGACGCUCUGGGAAUCUUAUUCAAGGGUGCAACCGACAAGCGCACUAUCGUCGAGAACUACGACCUCGUCUCCCUGACCAUUGACGAGACCAUUGACGACGGAAUCAUCCUCGAGACAGACCCCGUUAUGAUUGCUUCGCGUGUCAGCCGCGCACCGGCUGCAGAUGCACCCAACAUGAAGAAUAUCGAUCUCACGGAACAGGGUCUAAUGAACGCCUGGGAGUUCGGCAAGCGGCGUCUUGCAGAGGGAUUGCGACAGAUGUAAAUGGGACAUCAAAUUUUGUCUUGCGUUGGAGGGUUAUGAAUGUGUUUACG